AUGAAAUUUCCUGCUUGGUUAUAUGCAGAUCAUUUGGUUCAGCACCUCUCCGGACGCGAAGCUCUUCUUAAAAAUGAAGAUCUCAAACCGGUCGAACAAGAAAGACGUCUUUGGGGACCAUGGAAUUUCGUUGCAUUCUGGCUUGCAGAUUCCAUCAACAUAAACACGUGGAUGAUUAUUUCAAGUAUAGUCAUGACUGGUCUUUCGUGGUGGGAAGCAUGGCUGUGUACGUGGAUUGGUUAUUCAAUUACGGCCAUUUUCGUUUGUUUAUCUGGUCAUAUCGGUGCAACGUAUCAUAUUUCGUUUCCAGUAGUUAGUCGAUCAUCGUUCGGUUUGUUCGGUUCACUUUGGCCUGUUCUCAAUCGAAGUUUUAUGGCUUGUGUUUGGUACGGUGUUCAGGCAUGGCUAGGUGGACAAUGUAUUGUGCUGAUGAUACGAUCGAUAUAUCCAUCAUAUGAAGCAUUGCCAAAUACUUUUUCGAUCUCAUCCGGAACGAAUACGAAAGAUUUUAUUGGGUUCAUCAUCUUUUGGUCGUUGUCGUUGAUUGCUAUUUGGUUUCCUGUUCAGAAGAUACGAAUACUAUUCACGGUCAAAUCUAUUGUUGUUCCCAUAGCAGCGUUGAUCUUCUUUGUUUGGACGCUAGUGAAAGCAAAAGGUCUUGGUCCAGUUGUUCAUCAGCCGGGCAUACUUCACGGAAGUCCACAUUUCUGGGCAUGGAUGGGUGGAAUUAUGAGUUGUAUAUCGAAUUUCGUAACGCUCAUGGUGAAUAAUCCCGAUUAUACUCGUUUUGCAACACGACCAUCAGAUGUCCUUUGGCCGCAACUACUGACUAUUUCGCUUGGUUUUGGUAUUACUUGUUUCGUUGGCAUUAUUGUUGGCUCAUCAUCCAAAGUUAUCUUUGGUGAAGCUCUAUGGAAUCCACUGGAUCUUCUUAGUAAAUUUCUUGAUACUAAUUCGUCUGCUGGUACACGAACCGGAGUUUUCUUCAUUGCAUUUGCAUUUGCAUUAGCACAACUUGGCGUCAACAUUGCCGCUAAUUCCGUCUCAGCAGGAUCUGAUCUCACUGCACUUUUACCUAAAUUCCUUAAUAUUCGACGUUCUGGUUACAUUUGUGCAUUAGUUGGUUUAGCUAUCUGCCCAUGGAAACUCUUGUCGAACUCUUCAACAUUCACCACUUAUCUAUCUGCGUAUUCUACAUUUUUGUCAUCGGUGGUCGGCGUUAUUAUUGCGGACUAUUAUGUCGUCCGAAAGGGUUAUUUAGCUAUCGAAGACUUGUAUUCAGGAUCGAAAGAUGGUGCAUAUUAUUUCACAUUAGGUGUAAAUUGGCGAGCAUAUGUAGCUUAUUUCGUCGGAAUUUUGAUCAAUAUGGGUGGAUUUGCUGGUGCUAUUGGAGCACGUGUAUCGAAUGCAGUGCAUAAUAUGUAUCAUUUAAACUUUUAUUUAGGUUUCGUACUCUCCUUUUUUGUAUAUUAUGGAUUAUGUAAACUGUGUCCCGUGCCUGCAUGCGGAAAGGCAGAGCACAACAAAAGCAUCGAUCAUGACAUGACUUCUGAUUGUGUCAUAGUUAAGAAAAAUGAACUAACCAACAAUCAAACGGUAGUAGAGAAGGAUAUGAUCGACGAUAUUUUAUAUUUUUGA